UUCUUUACCCAUCUCUCUCUCCUCUGCAUCACCUCUCUUUCUCUCUCCUAACCCUAAAAUAAAGCACCUCUUUCUCUCUCUAAAACCCUCCCAAAAAACACUCGUCACGGGCCACGAACUCCACAGCCACACCACAUUCCCCACUUGUACUGCCCAUCCGCCUCUCCUUCUAUGGCGUCAGACGCCGUAAAGUAUAUGCCUAUCCACGGCGGUGGAACAACUACUACAACCGCCGACAUCAAGAGCUUCUUCUCCGCCUUGAAACCCAAAAAGACCUCAACUUUUGCUUACGCUUUUGUCAUUACCUUCGUCUCGUUCACUCUCUUCUUUGCCUUUAGUCCUUCUCCGAACUCAUCUUCUCCUUGGUUCUCUAACAUCUUCUCUUCCUCCACACCCACCUCCACCUCUGCUUCAGACAACACUUCCGGAUCUCAGUUCUCUUCUAUUUUCUCCUAUAUUAUCCCCAAUGUCACUUCAACCAAACCUACCAACAGAUCCAGCGACGCCACAGAUCCUAUCUCUGCUAACGCCACUUCUCCGCCUCUCUAUUCGAAUUCCAAAAACGGUACUUUACAAGCCCCGGCGCCGGAAAAUCGAGCUCCCGUUGUUAAAAACACGACCGUCGAGUCUCCGAUCGUAAACGGAACCAGCCCGGUUGCAAAAAACAACACUUUAUCUCAUCCUCUGCUUUCAGACAAAUCGUCGGCGAAGGGAUCGAGUAAUCAGUCACAGACCACAACGGAUGCUAAUCAUAAUUCAAAAGCCGUGAAGAGUAACCAGACGACAGCUCCGGCGCCGUCGAAAGCACCCGUGUCGGUGGAUCUGAAGGCCGAUUCCAAUACCAAUUCAUCAACUGCUUCUUCUACACCGGAAAAGAAGACAAAGGACGAUGAUUCGGUUUGGUCGGUGAAGCAAGAGAUCGAGAAGUGGAGUGAUUCUCUGAAGAAUUGUGAGUUCUUCGACGGUGAAUGGAUCAUGGAUGAUUCGUAUCCGCUUUACAAACCCGGUUCGUGUAAGCUUAUCGAUGAACAGUUCAACUGUAUUUCAAACGGAAGACCCGACAAAGAUUUCCAGAAACUGAAGUGGAAACCUAAGAAAUGUAGUUUACCAAGGUUGAAUGGAGCUAUUUUACUGGAGAUGCUUAGAGGAAGAAGACUCGUCUUUGUUGGGGAUUCUCUAAAUAGAAACAUGUGGGAAUCUCUGGUUUGUAUUCUCAAAGGAGCAGUGAAAGAUGAGACCAAAGUUUAUGAGGCCAGAGGAAGACAUCACUUCCGUGGGGAGGCUGAGUACUCCUUCGUCUUCCAAGAUUACAAUUGCACGGUGGAGUUCUUUGUUUCACCGUUCUUGGUCCAAGAAUGGGAAAUUGUAGACAAGAAGGGAACAAAGAAGGAGACUUUACGGCUGGAUUUGGUUGGGAAGUCCUCUGAGCAAUACAAAGGAGCUGAUAUUAUUGUAUUUAAUACCGGACAUUGGUGGACUCACGAGAAAACAUCCAAAGGGGAGGAUUAUUAUCAAGAAGGAAGCAAUGUUUAUCACGAACUCGCUGUUCUUGAAGCUUUCCGCAAAGCUUUGACUACAUGGGGUCGAUGGGUUGAGAAGAAUGUGAAUCCGACAAAGUCCCUCGUUUUUUUUAGAGGCUAUUCCGCCUCCCAUUUCAGUGGUGGGCAAUGGAACUCAGGAGGAGCAUGCGAUAGUGAAACAGAACCGAUCAAGAAUGACACAUACCUAACCCCGUACCCGUCAAAGAUGAAGGUUCUUGAGAAAGUGCUAAGAGGUAUGAAGACACCCGUCACGUAUUUAAACAUCACUAGAUUAACAGACUACAGGAAGGAUGGGCACCCGUCUGUAUACCGGAAACACAGCUUAACGGAAAAAGAGAAAAAGACGCCAUUACUGUACCAAGACUGCAGCCACUGGUGCCUCCCUGGAGUGCCGGACUCUUGGAACGAAAUCCUCUACGCAGAGCUGCUCGUCAAACUCAAUCAGCUCGGCCAAACACAACGGAAACCUUAAGGUUUUUCUACCCUAAUACUUUGUUUGAUCUCAACACUUUGCUUUCCAUUUGAUGGUAAUUGUUGAUUAUAGAAUGUGUAGAGUAAAAAGAAAGAUGAAAAAUAUUUGAUCACACGAUAUCUUUGCUACUAUUGGUUGUACUUGUAAAUGCUUUUGUCACACGAGGAAUACUACAUUUAGUUCCAAUAUGAGGUUACAUACAUAUAAACAUUUCUUACAGUUC